AGAACUUCUAGGGGAGUAUACAAUAGUAGGCUAUAAAACAAGUUUAUCAAUUGAACUUAGAUUAAUUAGAUAUUUUAAUCUUUUGAACUUUUGUAUAUGAAUGAUAUCAUGUGAAAAAAUAGCAUCUUUGUUUGUUUAUUUGUUUGUUUGUUAACCAUUAUAUUUUAAGGAAUAUAAACAAAUGUUCCUAUUUUUGUAUCAUACGUAGUAGUUAAGAUUGCAAGUUUCAUUCUGUUCACUUUUUAUCAUGUUGUUGAUAUGCAACAUGUGUUGGAAAAUGGUCUGUGGUUUGAACAGAAUAUGUUGACCCUUACGGCAGUUAUACCGGGGAAAUACCCCUUAAAAUCCCUCUAAAUGAGGUUGUUUUUUGGGUCCAGAUACAUAAUGUACCAUAUGGAUACAUGACUUGGAGGAUUGAGGAUUUUAUUGAGAAAUUUAUCAGUUUUGGUGAGAGUCAAUUUGAAGGAUCUUGGGAAGCCUAUAUGAAGAUCAGAGUCUGUAUGGAGGUAGGGAAACAUCUAAAGGUGGGUACAACUCUUAGGAAAGGGAAAAGAGUUGGACACCACGUGGGCUUUAAAUAUGAAAAACUACCUAGUUUUUGCUUUGUAUGUGGUGUUAUUGGCCAUGCUGACAGGUUUUGCCCUUUGACAUAUGAAUGUGAAAAUACAGUGUUGGAGAAAUCAUAUGGGUGGGACUCCAAGUAGGGGGGACCCCGCUCUGUAGGGGGUAACAACUGAUUGGUUCCAGAGGGGUCUUCAUCAACAGGUAUGGGCUCAAAGCAGCAAGAAAAUAAGCAGGGGAGAGAGGGUGAAAUGGUGGACAAACGGAGGCAGGAAGAUAGAAUUGGGUCAUCACUGUGGCUCAUCCCAGUAAGAAUAAGUCCUUGGGCAUGUUAGAGCAGCUAGUACGAAGCAAAAACAUAAGCGCAUGAGGUUGUGGGAGGAACAGGGGCACGGGGAUCCGAGAGGUGAUGGAAUGGCUCUGGAAAAGCCAAAAAACAUGGAAGAGGCGGGUCGUGGAAAGGAAAGACAAGGGGAACUCCUCAUGGUGUUGGGGGUGUAGCUGAAGUUUAAUAAUGUUAUUUUUAUUGUUGUUUUUUACUUUGAUCAGACUAUUUUUGUUGUUGUGUUUGAUUUUUCUUUCAGCCCGACUCUUGCAUUAGAAUGAGGUGAUGAGAGGUCUGUUUUGACCGUCUUUGACCCAUUACAGGAUCAACGAGUCGUAUUGCUUCUGGAAAGUUAUGGACUAUAAAUCAAGUUCGAGGGAUGGCAGUUGGGAAUGGUCCUUUUAUCUGUUUGUCCCCCCUAUCUGAAUGUUGUGAUAUCAAUUUAAGCCAUCUUCUUUAAAAAAGGAUUAUUACAA